AACAGAUACCAUUUCCCCGGCAACGCUGGGAGAUUGACAUUAAAACACUCAUAGAAACACUACAACAAGACACGCAAGGAGAAGAAAGAAUUGGAUCAAGAUGCCCCCUCCUAAAGCCAAGCACUCCAAGAUGGUGACCUUGCUUCACUACAGACUCAAGGUUACCCUUAACGAUGGUCGAUCUCUUGUCGGUCAAAUGUUGGCAUAUGACAAGCACAUGAACUUUGUGCUUGCCGAGUGUGAAGAAUUUAGGACUGUCAAGGGAAAGAAGGCCAAGGCCUCCUCCAACGAGCCCGCUCCCACGACACAACAAAAACGAACUCUUGGUCUUGUCAUUCUCCGAGGUGAAACUAUUGUCUCCGUCUCUGUGGAAGGUCCUCCUCCAGUGCAAAAAGAGGAGCCCAGUUUGAUUCCUGGUCCUGGUAAGGGUAUGGCCGCUGGAAGAGGGAUGCCCCUUGGUGCUGGUGCCCCCGGCGCGAUGGCUGCCCGACCGAUGGCGUAUGCUCGACCCCCUCCUGGAUUCCCUGCCGGAGUCCCCGGUCUUCCCCCCGGAAUGCCCCCAGGAUUCCCUCCCGCAGGUGGAUUGCCACCUGGAAUGCCUCCCGCCGGUAUGCCUCCUGGAUUCCGACCGCCUGGAUUCCCUGGUGCGCCCGCGGGGAUGCCACCUGGGUUCCCUCCUGCUGGUCAGAUGCCUCCUGGGUUCCGUCCUCCACAAUAGGUGUAGAUUCGAGGUGGUAGAUGUUCGAGCGAGGUGUACUGGUAGAUGUAAAGACGGAGAUGGGAGUAGGGCGAUAUAUUCUCUGACUGAUUCCUCUGAUGCAUACAUAAAAG